ACCUUGACGCGUACUCAUCGUCAUGGCUACGGAGAUCGAGCAGCCGCUGGCUUUGACGGCGACAGUGGGCACGCCAACCGCUCCUAGCCCAACUGGAUCUGCCAUUCACCACUCCACGACAGCAUCUUCAGACGGUACCCCCGGAUCUGCCACAAGGCCCCUUCCUUCUCCUACCAGUGCCAAUGGCCAGGCCAAUGCUUCGCGCCGCCCGCCGCGCAAAAGCACCCUCACGCAGCAGCAAAAGAACCAGAAGCGGCAGAGGGCCACGCAGGACCAAUUGACAACUCUGGAGAUGGAAUUCAACAAGAACCCGACUCCCACAGCCAGUGUCCGCGACAGAAUAGCCGAGGAGAUCAACAUGACGGAGCGCUCUGUUCAGAUUUGGUUCCAGAAUAGGCGAGCCAAGAUCAAGAUGUUGGCCAAGAAGAGCCUCGAGACCGGUGAAGACAUCGAUUCGAUCCCCGAGUCGAUGCGACAAUACCUCGCGAUGCAGGCAAUGGAAUCUGGUAAAGGCUUUGCUGGCAGCUACAUGGGACGCACUGGCCUCCUCCCCUUUGGUGGCGGUAACAUGCUCUUUGGUGGCGAUCAGAGCGCGCAGGGCAAAGUUUUGAUUCAUCACCUCACCUGUCGCUCGCUGAGCAUCGGCAAAUGGACGCGCGUAGGCCAGAACACCAUGGAUCUCAUCAUCUUCUACUCCCCGGACAAGUGCACCAUGACCUACUACAUUAACAACGAGCAGGCUGGGUACAAGAUCGAGUAUCCCUUCUCGCACAUCAAGAACAUCUGGCUGGAGAACGCGGACAAUGACAUGAACAAGUUGGCGGGCAUCUUCAUUGAGCUCAACCAGCCGCCUUACUUCAUGAUGGAUGCCACCUCGUCAACGACGGGAUUUGACUAUGUCAGUGACUUCACCGAGGAUCAACAGGCCUCUCAAUGCUUGCUGCAUCAUCUGGGCGGCAACCCCAAGGUGCUGGCCAACCAGCUGGCCAAGCUCGUUUCUCUGGAAUCGUUCAUGAACCGCCACAACCCUCACAGCAUCCGACAGGUUCACGCGUAUGCCGACCCCCAUGCCAUCUCUGCUUCGGCGCCAGUGUCUCCCACAGCUCGACCUUCAUCGCAGCCCAGCUUUGGUGCGCCUCCCAUGGCCAUGGCUCAGCAGCAAUGGCAAAUGGCCAACAUGCAUUCUGCGGCCAGCAUGCGGCCCCAGGGCCACAAGCGACAGCGUAGUCGCUCUGUUCCCGGCCCCAUUGACUUCGCCAUGUUCCAGAACCAGCCGAUGCCGUCUUUCUACAUCCAGCCUCCUGGCGAGAUGGCUACGCAGCACAACCCCAACAUCUACGCGCCAGUGCCGCAGCAACCCAACGUGGCACACAAUCUGAGGAUUGACACGCAAGCAGGCUUUGGCCUGGACAUGCGACAAUACCCAAUGUCAGCCACGACUGCGUCGCCUUCCGAGUUCCCCCCGAGCCCGGGCUUCUUCCCUCCUGGCCCCGAGACCGCUCCCUUGGCCCCGUCGAAUUACAGCACUCCCUAUGGUAACGCGUACCUGUCGCCCAUGGUGAGCGCUGAAGCCAACAUGCCCACAGCCAUCUCUCCGCUCCCCUUCAACGGCCCCACCGAGCCAUCGAUCGUCGAGCACUCCCCUCCCAUGUCGAUGAUGGGUCGUCCUGGAUCCUCGGACAUGUACCUGGGCCAGGAUGGCUCGUGCGCUGUUUCGGAUGAUGGCGCCAGCUUGAACGAGAUGUAUUCGAAGCACUCCAUCAACAUGCCACUGCACGAGCACUCGCCCGGGAGCUAUGUGCAGCACUCACAGGCUGAUAUCGAUAUGGAUCAGCUUGUCCACUUUGACGCCGUUGAUCCUGCCAGCCUGUCGCCGGAAACGAUGCAUCGAUGA